AUGGGGCCUCCAGGUCUACCGGGAUUUAAUGGAACUCAUGGUCUAGACGGAAAAGAUGGCAAAGAUGGAGAGCCUGGAUUGCCAGGAAUGAAAGGAGAACGUGGGCUACCAGGGCUACCCUCACACGGAAAAUAUGACGAAGGAUCCGGCGAUUUUAUUGGUGCAUUUGCGAAGGGAGAAAAAGGAGAACCUGGUAUUGGUAUCCCUGGAGAACCCGGAGUUCCAGGUAUUACUGGAGAACCCGGCGAAGCAGGCACACCCGGAAUCAAUUGUAUGAAUGCCAGUCUUACUGACUUACUUGGAGAAACGGACAGCCUCUGCAAGUUGACAAUUAAGGGCGCACAAGGGAUAAGAGGUGAAACGGGACCACCUGGACCUCCCGGCCUUAAGGGUGACAUAGGACAUAAGGGACAGAAAGGUGAUUUUGUAAUUGGUGAACCCGGACGUGAUGGAGAGCCUGGAGCUAAAGGACCACGAGGUUUUGAAGGCUUAGCAGGUCUUCCAGGUCCCCAAGGACCACAGGGAGAUAAAGGAGAACCUGGCGCUGGUAUACCUGGAGAACCAGGUAGAGAUGGGAAACCGGGAGAAAAAGGCUCGAAGGGCGAACGCGGUCUCGAUGGUCUUCCUGGCGACGGUAAUGCCACGUUGAUCAAAGGAGCCACUGGCGAGAAAGGUGAAGUAGGCCCACCUGGAGAACCAGGAGCAGCCGGACUGAUAGGACUUCCGGGUGUCACAGGAACGAAAGGUGAACCUGGUGAAGUAGGCUUGCCCGGAUCACCUGGUGUUCCCGGUCAACUCGGAGAAACGGGACCAAAGGGCGCAAUGGGUCCCAGGGGAUUAAUCGGAUUACCGGGAGAAGAAGGCCGAAAAGGAGAGCAAGGUACAGAUGGUCCACCGGGAUUACCAGGAGAACAUGGAAGAGAUGGAAUCGCAGGUGAACCUGGAGAACCAGGUCCAGUCGGACCGAAAGGUAUGGCAGGAGAAAUUGGACUUCCUGGACCUGCAGGCCCCAGAGGUCUUAUUGGUCCCCAAGGACACCCAGGAAAACCAGGCACUCCAGGAACGAAGGGUUCCAAAGGUGAAAGAGGAAGCGACGGCUUACCAGGUCUACCUGGCGGCGUUGCUGGAAGUGGUGAUGGAGUUUUUGAUGGACCCGUUGGCCGACACGCUAUUCAAGGGAAAAAGGAGAGAAAGGUGAAUCAGGACUUCAAGGUCUGGCAGGACUUGAUGGCUACCCUGGUGAAACUGGUGCUCCAGGAGAGAAAGGGGAACCUGGAGAAAGGAGAGAAAGGUGAAUCAGGACUUCAAGGUCUGGCAGGACUUGAUGGCUACCCUGGUGAAACUGGUGCUCCAGGAGAGAAAGGGGAACCUGGAGUAAAUGGAUUUGAUGGUGUGCCUGGAAAGAUGGGUGACCCGGGACCAAAAGGUGAUAAAGGAAGUGAGGGACCAAGAGGAUAUAGUGGCGAGCAAGGCGUUCCUGGUCUUAAAGGAAUGAAUGGCAUACCAGGUAGAAAUGGUCCAUCAGCCUACAUCUACGUCCGUCACAGUCAGUCCGCAACGACCCCUGUUUGCUUUGAUAAUCACACCCAGAUAUGGGAUGGAUACAGUUUACUACACACGGAAGACGAGGGCAGAAUCCACGUUCAAGAUUUAGGUCUUGGCGGAUCUUGUCUCCAAAAGUUCAGUCCUAUCCCGUUCAUGUUUUGUACAAUCUCCGGCGUCUGCAACUAUGCCAGUCGAACUGCCACCAGUUAUUGGUUAUCCACAGGAAAGACCGUUCCCAUGAUGCCUAUUGAUGGUGAGGAAGUUAUGGAACACAUCAGUCGUUGCGUUACAUGUCAAGCACCAGCUCCACUCAUAGCCAUCCACAGUCAAUCAAUCAUGGCACCCGUUUGUCCGCAAGGAUGGAAAGAAUUAUGGAUGGGCUUCAGUUUCGUUAUGCAUACCAUUGGAGCCGUGGGUGGAGGUCAACCCCUUGGAAGUCCUGGCAGUUGUUUGGAGACAUUCUAUUUCAAUCCGUAUAUUGAGUGCAAUAACCGCGGUGAAUGUUAUUACUUCCACGACAAACAUUCUUACUGUAAUAAUUUGUCUUUUCCUUUGUUUCCUUUUUCUCUCUUAAUCUCUGUAUAUUUUUCCUCUCUUCAUUUCCACAUUUUCCUACAUUCUCUUUUCUUACUCCUUUCUUUAUUCCCUCUCUUCCUCUCUCUGUUUUCAGUGUUUCUUCUUUCUUCGUUUUACUUUAAACCUCAUCUCUUUUCUUUCUUUCUUUCUUUCUUUCUUUCUUUCUUUCUUUCUUUCUUCCUUUCUUUCUUCCUUCCUUUCUUCCUUUCUUUCUUCCUUCCUUCCUUUUUUUCUUUCUUCCUUCCUUUCUUUCUUUCUUCCUUUCUUCCUUUCUUUCUUUCUUUCUUUCUUUCUUUCUUCCUUUCUUUCUUUCUUUCUUUCUUUCUUUCUUUCUUCCUUUCUUUCUUUCUUUCUUUCUUUCUUUCUUUCUUCCUUUCUUCCUUUCUUUCUUUCUUUUCUUUUUCCUUUCUUUUUCUUCCUUUCUUUCUUUCUUUCUUUCUUUCUUCCUUUCUUCCUUUCUUCCUUUCUUUCUUUCUUCCUUUAUUUCUUUCUUUCUUUCUUCUUUUCUUCAUUUCCGUUUAUGAUAUGUCAGUCUAA